AUGAAGAUAUGUCUUCUGUGUCCCAAGGAGCAGUACUCGAGCCACACCAGAGACCAUUGGCUGCCCAGGACAGAGAUCUUCCUGGCCUUUGAGGAACCAUUGGGAUUCAUAUUGGCUUUGGUGGCACUAUUGCUGGCUGGUCUGGCUGUCCUGGUUCUUGGAGUGUUUCUGAAGCACCAGGAUACACCUGUGGUCAAGGCCAACAACAGAACUCUCAGCUACUUCCUCCUGAUCUCUCUUUCCCUGUGUGCCCUGUGUGCCUUGCUCUUCCUUGGGAGACCCACAGUCACCACCUGCCUCCUCCGUCAGACCACCUUUGCUGUGGUGUUCACAGUGGCUGUCUCCUCUGUUCUGGCCAAGACUCUCACAGUAGUCCUGGCCUUCAGAGUUACCAGGCCUGGGAGCAGGAUCCAGGUAUGCCUGAGCCCUGGUGCUUCGGCCUUGGUGGUCCUCAUUGCUUCCUUCAUACAGGUUGUUCUUUGUGGGGUGUGGUUGGCCACCUCUCCACCAUUCCCAGACAGGGAUAUGGUCUCAGAGCCCCGGCACAUUGUCAUCCAGUGCCAGGAGGGUUCUGGUGCCACCUUCUUCUGUGUGCUGGGCUACUUGGGUUUCCUGGCGGGGGGUACCUUCUCUGUGGCGUUUCUGACCAGGAGCCUUCCAGAUGUCUUCAAUGAGACCAAGUUCCUCACCUUCAGCAUGCUGCUCUUCUGCAGUGUCUGGACAGCCUUCCUGCCCCUGUACCACAGUGCCCGAGGGAAGUCCACUGUGGCUGUAGAGAUCUUCUCCAUCCUGGCCUCCACUGCUGGACUUCUGGGUGGCAUCUUUAUCCACAAGUGCUACAUCAUCUUGCUGAAACCGGAGAAAAACACCCCUGCCUGGCUAAGGCAAGGGUACUAUGCACAGCAGGAAAAACAGGGUGAGAUGUUCCAGAGAAGGUAUCAGUUCUCAGGGGAGUCACCAGAACCAAAUGUAUGA